AUGUUAUUUUUUGCAUGGUCACUUGUAUUAUCUGCAUUUAAUUAUGCUAGAAAACAAAGAAUUAUUUCUAUAUUAUCAAAACAUUUUCUAUCUCCAUUGGCAUUUCAAAAAACGAUUAUUUGUAUACGCCAUAAACAACCAGGAAUAAAAGAAGUAAAUUCAAAUUAUGAUAACAGUUUUAUCAAAUCUAAUGAUACUAUUUCAUCACAAACUAAUAUUAGUAAGAAAGAUGAUAUUAUUUUGGAAGAUUUUAAAAAUUUAACACCAGAUAAUAAAAUAUUAGAUGAAAAUUUAGUAAAAUCUCCACAACUGGAUAGUAAAAAUUUAACUGAUUAUAGUUUAGAUUUUUCAUAUAAAAUGAUUAAAAAAAUAUCUAAUCAAAGUAGUUUAGUAGAGAAAGCCCAAAGUGAGCAAAUGUUACAUAAAUGGGAUAAUGAUGAAAAUGUGUUAUAUUCUAAAGACAAUCUUGAAAUUAUAACUCAAACAGAGCCAUAUAAAUUAUAUGAAAGUGAGUGGGAUAUUAUUGACAAAAAAAGAAAUAAUUUAAUAGAUAUUUUAAAAGAUUCAAUAUCAAAUCCUGAUCCAAUUGUAAUAUUUAUAACUCACCUUCAACCAGUAUCUUAUUCAAAUAUGGAAUUAUUAAAAAAAGUUUUUGGUGAUGUUGUUGAUGCUACUAUUGAAUCAAGAAUAAAAGAAAAAAUGGAGAAUGCUUUACCACCAUUAGAUUUAGAUAGUGAAAUUAUUUAUAAUUUACCUCCACUUUUAUUAGACAAUUUUUGUAAAAGAAUUGCAAUAAGAAAAACAGAUUCAAAUGAUAUUAUAUUUAAAUGUAACUUAGAUACAUUUUAUAAUAUUGUAUACUAUUGGUCGGAAAGUGCUUUAUAUUCAGCACAUGAUUUAUCAUUUGUAGACAGUAUUACAUGUAUUAGUCCAUCAUAUGUAGAAAUUUUAUCAGAUAUCGAUGCAAAUUGUCCCAUUUUAUUACAACCAUCCUUAUUAGCACGUGGAAGUAAUUUACAAUCUUCAUUAUCAUCAUCGCUUGUAUCAUUAAAUAAUUCAGUAUCAUCAUUACCAUUAAAUAAUAGUGAUCUUCCAUUAUUAGAACUUUUAUAUAUAUUAGAUCAACAAAAUCCAACAGAAAAUUAUGGCAAAACAUCAACAUUACCUAGUAAUUUAAGAAGACGUCGUGGAAAAUCUGAAUGUUUAUCUAACAAAUAUUCAUAUUGUUCAGAUUCUAGUCUUUAUAAUAAUAUAAAUACUUUAAAUAAUUACGGUAAUGAAAAGUCAACAAAAGAACAAAAUUAUUUAGAAAGAAUAAAUUAUAAUAGAACAAAUAACUUAAAUUCUCAACCAAUAUCAGUAAUUAGUCCAUAUGGUUCAUUACGUUCUUUACGUGAAUCAUCUAAUUACAAUAAAAAAAUAGCUUCUACAUACCGUCCUCCAUUACCAUCAACAUCAUAUAAUAAAGAUAUUAAAAAUAAAGACGAAAAAACAAAUUUUAAAAUUCCACAUAAUUUACUUUGGGGUCAUACAUCAAGAUUUUCUGGAUUCAAUAAUAAUUUUUAUAAUUUUAUAUCAAAUACUCCAAAUUUUUCUAAUGAUCAAAUAAGAUCUUUAGGAUAUACAUCUGGUAGUCAUUACCUUGAAAAAAAUUAUAUUUUUUCAGAUUCUGAAGCUAAAAAAAUUAACCAACAUUGUCUAGACAAAAAAAAUUCAACAAAUGAAAAAGAACUAGUUUAUAGAAAUUCUCUUAUAUGUUAUCCAUACAAAUUUCGAUAUCGUUCUUUCUCAGAGUCUGAAGAUAAUUAUGAUAAUAUAAAGGACAAUAAAAAUAUUAUAAAUCCAUUAAAUGAAAAAUUAACAAUGUCCUUGGAAGAUGAAAAAUUAAUUGGACAUUUUAGUACAAAAUAUCCCUUUUGUAAGAGUGACCUUUCUGAUACAAUUCCUUCUGGAAAAUCAUUAUCUAUUUAUACUUAUCAAUAUUUUAAUAAGUAUAAAAAAAAUCUCAUACAAAUUAGAAAUCGCAAAUCACGUUCUUGUCUUCCAGACGACCGUCAAUCUUAUUCAAUAAAUGAUAUAAAAGAGAAUCGAGAUAUUCUUAUUCAUGAUAACAAUAAAAUUUUUAAAAAUUAUUUUAAAAAUAUGUUUGCUGAAAAUCAUUUUAAUAUUAUUGAAAAGUUUAAUAGUAAUAAUACUAAACAAGAUAAUUUUAAUAAAAUGAAAUUUUGUUCUACUAUUUCUAAAACUACUCAAAAUAUUUCAAAUGAAUCUAAUACAUUACCAAUAAGUAAAGAUUUAACAAAAAAUAAAGAAGAAUGCGUUGAAAGACGACGUUCAUUAAGUCCAAGAUUUCUUAGUGAUAAUUGUUCAUCUAUAAGAGAUUUUAUCACUAAUCAAAUAUCAUCUACAACAACAAAAUCAAAUUUAAGAAGAUAUUCAUACACACCAUCAAAAGUAUCACUUGAUAUUUUAACACCACCUUUAUCUUUAAAAUUAGGAGAAUCAUCUGGAUUUGUAAAAUCAGUUCUUCGUAUGGAUCGUUCAAACAAUGCUUUAUGUUAUCCGUUAGUUGCUUCAAAUAAUUUUAUAAAUGGCAAGCCACCAAAAAUAUUGAUUUUUACAGGAAAAGAUUAUAAAUUAUUUUUUAAAGUUAAAGAAACAAUUGGAAAACUUGUUACUGUUGAUUAUUACACUAUACAUCAAUUACCAUUUGAUAAAUUAAAAACUGAUUUAUGGAUGGAACCAUCAACAGCAUUACUGAUUAUAUGUGAUACUUAUUCAUUAGAUAAUGAAUGUUGGGCAAAACUUCAAAUAUAUUUUUCCAAUAAUGGAAGAGUAAUAUUUUUAUGUCAAAAUUCUAUUUUAGAUAAUUUUAAAUGUACUAAAAAAUGGUCUACAAAAGAUAGUUGGAUUAAAAAACUUUUUAAUGGAAAAAAAACAAGUAAAGGUAUAAAUAAAGAAUUUAAUAAUUUUUUAAAAAAAUGUCAUAGACAUUUUAAACAUAAUGAAGAUAUUAAUGAAAAAUUUAAUGCAUUUGAUUCAUCAAGUGGUACUAAUUAUUCAAUAAAUUUUAAAAAAGAAAAAAAUGCUCCAUUAUUAUUAUUCUUAGAGGGUAGUGGAAGUAAUGCACUUGCAUUAUUUAGUGAUGCAAGUACAGAAGAAAUUAUUACAUCAAGAUUUUUUGAUGAUGUUAAAGAUAUAUUAAAAAAAACUGGAAUUAAAAUGAAUAAUACAAAUGAAUUAAGUAAUGAUAUGAAAAUGUUAACAAUAGGAAAUUUAUUAUUAAAAGAUGACAAUGAUUUACAAGAAUUUGAAGAAUUAAAAUUUUUAGAAGAUUAUGGUAACAAUCCAAUUAUAACAUUUUAUCCAUAUCAUUAUAAUUUUACAAAAAUAAGAACUACUAAUAGAUAUUUUCAAUCUAUUCAACAUGUACCAAAAGGUAUAAUAAUAAGAGAUUUUGAUGUUGAUGGAUAUUUUAAACAUCUUAAAACUAAAACAUUAGGACAUAAAAUGAUUCAUAUUGAUACAUGUGAAUCAAUUAUUAAAAUAUCAAAUAGUCUCACAUAUUCCUUACCAACAUAUGAUGGUAUUGUUGUUAUAGGAAAUACACAAACAUAUGGUAAAAUUAAUGGUGAUAAUCAAUGGAUAUCACCAAAAGGUUGUGCAUUGUUUUCAUUUGAUUUCAAUGUACCAAUUGAUUCAAGAAUUGGAUCAAAAGUAACAUUUCUUCAACAUAUUCUAGGUUUAUCAAUAAUUGAUAGUAUAAAAAAUUUAACACAAAUACCAGAUUUUCCUAUACAAGUUAAAUGGCCAAAUGGUAUUUAUUAUGAUAAAAAAGUUAAAAUAGGAUAUGUUAGAAUGAAAUGUUCAGUAUAUGGAAAUGUUUAUAAAUGUAUUAUUAGUGGUGGUAUAAAUAUAGAUAAUUCAAAACCAACAACAUGUAUAAAUGAUUUAUUACCAAAUUAUAAAGAUCCCAAAUUAAGUGUACCAAUUGUAAUAGCUGAAAUAUUAAAUAAUUUUGAAAAAUAUUCAAAAAAUUUUGAAAGAAAAGGAUGUGAACAAUUUAUUGGAAAUUAUAUUAAAUAUUGGAUGCAUAAUAAUGAAGAUAUUUAUGUUGAUAUUGAAGAUUUACAAUUAAUAAAUGUACCAUGUAUUGUAUGUGGUUUAGAUAACGAUGGUUUUCUAAUAGCUAAAGAAAAAGCAACAAAAAGAAUAGUAAAAGUUUAUGACACUGGAAAAAUGUAUGAAAAUUUAAAAGGACGUACAAAAGGUUAUGAAAUUUAA